CGUGGAAACCAGCACCGAGGGGUUUAAUGGUUUGGUGACUUCAACACGAAGUGAUGCUGAGAGCAACAGUUAUACCCAGCUCCCCGAUAGCCAGGCUGACACUGUAGCUCACUGCUGCACCCCGCUGUCCAGUGUAGCUCACUGCUGCACCCCGCUGUCCAGUGUAGCUCAUUGCUGCACCCCGCUGUCCACUGUAGCUCACUGCCGCACCCCGCUGUCCACUGUAGCUCACUGCCGCACCCCGCUGUCCAGUGUAGCUCACUGCUGCACCCCGCUGUCCAGUGUAGCUCACUGCUGCACCCCGCUGUCCAGUGUAGCUCACUGCUGUCCCCCGCUGUCCAGUGUAGCUCACUGCUGUCCCCCGCUGUCCAGUGUAGCUCACUGCUGUCCCCCGCUGUCCAGUGUAGCUCACUGCUGUCCCCCGCUGUCCAGUGUAGCUCACUGCUGUCCCCCGCUGUCCAGUGUAGCUCACUGCUGUCCCCCGCUGUCCAGUGUAGCUCACUGCUGUCCCCCGCUGUCCAGUGUAGCUCACUGCUGUCCCCCGCUGUCCAGUGUAGCUCACUGCUGUCCCCCCACAGUCCACUGUAUUUCACUCCUACCUCCCGUGGUCCAGUGA